CGGCGGCGGCAUGGCGGAGAGCGAGGCCGAGACCCCCAGCACCCCGGGCGAGUUCGAGAGCAAGUACUUCGAGUUCCACGGCGUGCGGCUGCCGCCCUUCUGCCGCGGGAAGAUGGAGGAGAUCGCCAACUUCCCGGUGCGGCCCAGCGACGUGUGGAUCGUCACCUACCCCAAGUCCGGCACGAGCUUGCUGCAGGAGGUGGUCUACUUGGUGAGCCAGGGGGCCGACCCCGACGAGAUCGGCCUGAUGAACAUCGACGAGCAGCUCCCGGUCUUGGAGUACCCGCAGCCGGGCCUGGACGUCAUCAAGGAGCUGACCUCUCCCCGCCUCAUCAAAAGCCACCUCCCCUACCGCUUCCUGCCCUCCGACCUCCACAAUGGUGAUUCCAAGGUCAUAUACAUGGCUCGGAACCCCAAGGACCUGGUGGUGUCCUAUUACCAGUUCCACCGCUCCCUGCGGACCAUGAGCUACCGGGGCACUUUCCAGGAGUUCUGCCGGCGGUUCAUGAACGACAAGCUAGGCUACGGCUCCUGGUUCGAGCACGUGCAGGAAUUCUGGGAGCACCGCCUGGACUCGAACGUGCUUUUCCUCAAGUAUGAAGACAUGCACCGGGACCUGGUGACAAUGGUGGAGCAGCUGGCCAGAUUCCUGGGGGUGUCCUGUGACAAGACCCAGCUGGAGUCCCUGAUCGAGCACUGCCACCAGCUGGUGGACCAGUGCUGCAACGCCGAGGCCCUGCCCGUGGGCCGGGGAAGAGUUGGGCUGUGGAAGGACAUCUUCACCGUCUCCAUGAAUGAGAAGUUUGACUUGGUGUAUAAACAGAAGAUGGGGAAGUGCGACCUCACGUUUGACUUUUAUUUAUAAUGACGGCAACAGCAAACCUGCAUGCUCACAAUACCCGACCCUCUCCUAGCUAACGUCCUGUAGGCACACACCUGUUACUCGCUGGACAAACUCCGGAAGCAGUCAGUGUAAGACCAAGGGAGGGAGGGAAACAGCGGAGAAGCUGGAGGAAGUGGGAUGGUUUCCAGUCCAGAGCAGCUGUCUCGCCUUUGCAAUUUGAAGUCUCUCCAUGUCUGGUUACCAACGUGGUAAAGAUAGCAGUCCUGAGGGCCUGUACCAUAGUAGAGAGUCUGUAACAUAUGCGACUAGAGUGUCUGCCUUGUACACCCCCACAUUAUUCACUGUAUUUUAUAGAGCUUUUCACUGGAAAUCUAAAUAAAUGUCAGUAAACCAAAUAAAAGUUCAUUUCCGAGGGGACUCAGGAGCGAGCCACGCCCGGAUGGUAGAAAGAUCUCAGGGUUGACUCUUUAUUUUUGUAUUUUUGUUUUGUACGGCACAGCCAUGAGGUCCUCACCUGGUUCUGAGAUGAAGGUGAGGGCAGAGGAUGAGUUGAGGUGUGGGGGGGAACCUGUUCCUUCCGAUGGAGUUCAGUUCUUUGUA